AGAUGGCCGACGAAUCCGAGAAAAACGAAAAGAAGAUUAUAAGAAAGCUUCCACCUUUAUCACCAAAAGGGCAAGCGCUGAAUGAAGAUGGUGCGAAGAAGGUAGUGAAAAAGAAGAAAAAGAAAAUACCAGUUGACGAUACCGAUGGGUCACCACCUCAAAAUAACGAAUCGGUGGAAGAGCCCAAACAAAAAGCACCUGCCAAACCAAAACGGAGGCCCCGAUCACAAAGCCGACCUGGUAACGAUAACGAGGGGACAGAAGUUACUGAAGAAAUACAUUCCCCUUCGAAACCGAAAAAGAGAAAGCCAAAGAAAACAGUGGAUGAGAAUGAAAACGCGGGUGUUGGUGGUAGUAAAGAGAACGAGGAGGAUGUCACUGGCAGUAAAGCUAGUUUGAUUGGGAAAGAGAGUGAAAGUGGAACUCCAAAAAAGAAAGGAAAGAAAAAGAAAGUCAAGAAAGAAAUAAAUAAAGAUGAAUUUGGUGAUGCUGUGUUGGCUUCUGACCUCACAUUUAUUUCGGAAGAUGUGGUGGCUGAAAGAGUGAAAGAUGAAACUUUAGUUGAUCAGCCUCAUUAUACCUCACCUAAUAUAUUACGCAGUCAACCUACUGGAAAACUUUAUAUAGAAACUAAUAGGGGAUUUAAAGGUGAAGAUAAAGCUAAGUUAGCCAAGAAAAUUGCCGAAGAAGAAAAGACAAGAGAAUUUGAUAUAGUUGAACCAUCUAGUAUGACAACAAUGGAGUUUGGCCUUCAGACUCACAAGAUUUUUAAAACAUUUGGUUUAUUUUUACAUGGUUUAUUAGCCGGUAUUGCUCUCUGGCAUAUUGUUAUAGUUUAUAUUUUAAGCCAGUUUCCAACUACAGAUUUCCUACAACACUACCGUCCACUAGCAAUGCCUGUACAGUGUAUGUACUAUAUAUUACUAGCACUAUGUUCAGUGUCAGCAUGUGAUAGAUGUGAUGUAGCUAAUACAAGUGGAAGAUUUUUCCUGAAAGCAUUGUCUCUACAGAAUACAGCUAUAGCUAUUGUAAUUUAUUUCUUGGCCUUAAUAUUAUCAAUAUGUUUAAUAUCAACAGAAGAUAAGAUUAAUCUAUAUGAUACUAAACCGGAAUUAUGGACUGAUGCUGUGGAGAGUGACAGUGAGUUAUCGCUAUGGAGAACAUUAAAUACAGUACGUGGUGUAUCAAUAAUAUUAGGCUGGGUAGUCUUAUCUGUGGCACCAAACGCAGACCGUCUUGGAGACAAUCUUAAGAAGGGAGAUGAUGAAAUAUUAGGAAAAGAUGUAGAACUUUCAGGAGUUACAGCAGCAUAGUGCUCAUAAUGUCUUCAAACUUUUAUUCUUGACAUUCAGAUAGGAAUAGCAUAUCUUAGGCUUAACAGAACUUAUAGUUGGACGAUUUCGAGGAUUUCAGACUUUUAUCUUGUAUGUUAUUCGAACAUAGAUCUGAUGUGAAAGCAUUUUCUUUAUCUCAAUUUUACACUCUUUCUCUAAUUUGAAAUUGUCUGAGCAAAGUAAAAAAGUUUUUUUGUAUUUUUUCUAUAUUUUUAAUGAGAAAUGGAAUAGCAGCCUCAAAAUAGUACUGUUAGUCUUAGAAUGUCUUUGUGUUGAUAAAAAUAUAAACAUUAGCACACAUUAUGUCUUCAAAAUUUGUUUUUACAGGGGACAAUUUUCAGUCCAAAUUUGAGAUUUUUUGCUGAAAGUUCUAGGAGAAAAAAGUGCUUCUUUUCAAUGUAAAGGCAAAGAUAUUCUUAGAUUUAACAUUGCUAUUUUGAGGCUGCUAUUCCAAUUCUCAUUAAAAUAAUACAAAAAAUUUUAAAAAAAAUGUCUGCUUUACUUAGACAAUAAUUAAUCACUUCAAUAUGCUCCUUGGGACAAAUCAAUUAAAUUUGGCACCAAUGAAAGUAUAUGAUUUCUGUGUAGAUGUAUGAACUGUAUUGAACCUUUCUCAGGUAUAUAUUUGUUUGUGUCACUCUCUCAAUCCGUCCAUAGUUAUCCUUCCAACUAUAUACUUCAUUGUUAAUCCAUGAUAUUUAUUCACAUUCUAGAGUCUAUCCUAUUUGCAGUCAAUUGUGGGUUAAUGCAUAAGAGGAAUUGAAAGUAGAUUAUAAAGAGGGAUUUGCUUCAUAGACUGAUCAAUUAUCCUUAACACUUUUCAGAAUUAAAAAUGACAUCUUGUUUUACUACAAUAGAAAAAGUUAUUCAUGAAGGUUAAACUGAUAUCACUGAGAGCAUUUUCAACUUUCUCCCAUGCAGAUAUUACUUUAUUAUUUACACUUGAAUCUAAAAUACAAUUCAGUCUUCCCACUAUGUUGCCGUCUUCAUUAGCCCACAUGGUGCAGAAAGUAGAACGUAAAACUCCAUUCAUUUCAUUUCAUUUCCCACUAUGUUGGUGGCUCUGAUACAGUUGACUAUAAAUUCAAAUUGAACUUGGUCGGAGACUUUUGUCACAGAUUAGAGUCUUGUCUUGAGUUUCACUACUGGCACAGGAACAGACACAAAUCUGAGUGAGUUUGUGUGGAAGCAAACCAGCAGGAUCAUAUAAAUAUCUUGUCAGACUAUACUAUUGUAGAAUUUAUGUAAUUAUUUGUAUAUUGAAGUAUUUAUUGUAAAGUUUUUAUGGUUAUAAAUAUAUUAUAAUAUUUUAAUAU